AAAGCCUUGACACCAGAUCUCUACUCCUGGCUACUACAUGGAUACCCUCACGUUCACCAGCUAAUCGAUUCGGCAUCUUACGGAGUCAAGCACGCGUUCCAGGUUGACGGCACUCUUUCAAGCAACCCAGUCCCGAACCACAAAUCCGCCUCGGUCUUUCACAAUGCUCUCAUCCGGAGCAUUCGUGACGGCCAAGAAAAAGGAACCUACCUCGUUGUGUCCCGAAAAGCAGCGCCCCGAUGGAAGUUGCAUUUCAGUCCUUUCGGAUGCGUCGAAAAGGCAGACACGGAUCCCCAGGUCGAAGCCAGAGUGAUCCAUGACUUGUCGUUCCCCAGAGGAGCGUCAACUAACGCUUGGUCGAACCAAGACAGCAUCCCGCUACUCGUCUACGAUUUGAUCAACGUCAUUGUGCGUAGGAUCGUGCAACUGCGUAGGGAGGACCCCGACACUCCAAUCAAGUUGAUGAAAGGAGACGUAAAGGCGGCGUACAAGAACGUGCACGUGCUCGAGUCAGUCAGUGCAUUUUUCGCCGGUGCAAUUCUCGAAGACGACGUAGUGGUAAUCGAUCUAUCCCUGCCCUUUGGUUGGACAGGGUCAGCUGCACAUUAUGGCGUAUUCGGCAAAGCUAUCUCGUACCUCGUUCGCCGUGAGAGCCCAAACACGCUCAACCCCACCGAUCCUGACUCAACGCCAUUUUUCUGUUUUGACUGGGUGAACGAUCACGUGGCCAUCAACGACAAAACGUUUAGUGAAUGGUCCACCAAGCUUGUCGCGCUAGGUUUGGAAUGGGACUCAGUAACGAUGUCGGUGUCAAUGCCGAAGGCUAAGAUCGAGAAGGCUCUGAACCGGGUCCUAGCCAUGCAGGCAUCGAAUACCACGACGCGAACGCAGCUCUCUCAAUUGUUGGGUAGUCUACGCCAUGUUUGUUCGUGCAUCCGUCCUGCGAAGCCGUGCUUCCAGAGGUUGGCGGCGCUGUGGAAACGCUUCCCCAGAGCUCAAGCGGUGCACCUAACUCGGGAAGCGCACUUGGAUCUGGCUUGGUUCGCACAUAUCCUGCGCUACGGGCGGCUCAGAGGUGUGCCAUUAACGUACUUUUGCGAGCUACCUGAUCCCGAUGUCCAUCUGUACAUGGACUCCAGCGACAAAGGCCUGUGCGUGCUGAAUCCAGCUUUACGCGAGUUCAUUCGCGUGGAGUUCGACGCCACCGAGUUAAUCCUCAUCAAAAGUGGGCUGUUCAACAUAAACGUGCGGGAGCAGUUCAGUGCGCUGCUGGCAGUGCUAUGCUGGGGUCAACUGUGGAGUGUUGGCAACGUGUCCAACCUGGCCCACGUUCGUAUGUGGAUCGACAACUCGACGGCGGUUGCGUGGUGUAACAAGCUCGCGAGCACCAACAUAUUUUCUCAGGAAAUGAACCGUGUAUUCGGCGCUGUGGAAGCUGAGUGGGGUGUCCGCAUUUCCGCAGGCCAUCUUGCUGGAUCGGCCAAUUAUCUUGCUGAUCUGGGGUCGCGCGCAUGGUCCAACCCGAUGCUGGCCAAAUGGCUAAAUCUAACGCAUACUUGGACGCAGGUACAGGUAGGUCCCCCAGUCCGC